GUAGCAGUGGUUAGGGUUUGUGUUUUCAGUCAGCAGCUUGUUAGUAACAGUUCUUGUUUGUAUGGUUUGUAUGAAGUGAGAGCUCAGCCACCCACAGCUAACUGCUAACUCUACUAACUCAACAGUUACUGUCAGCAGGUCAUGGCUGCAGUCAGGUGGAGAGCCGCGGUGGAGCUGUGCAGCCGUCAGUAGUGACCAGCUCGCUCAUGUCUGCAUCCCACCCCUGUCGCCGUGGAGACCACUUUGCCAUGGUGAAGUCGGCCAAGAUGGAUCUGCUGAGAGCUCUCGUCAGCGAGUGUUUGUCGGCCGCCGCUGAGGAGAUCCUCAAGAUCACGGAGAGGACGAUGGUAGAGUACGAGGAGGAGAUGUGCUGCUCCAAGUGGGUGGUGGACAGCCACCGCAGACUGCUGGACGCUGCCAACUCACACAGUGAAGACUCUCUACAGAUGUCGGACACAGAUGUGAAGUUGCCACAAAAUCAGCAGCUGCGUCAACGUGAAAGCGUCAACGUGAGCGUGUGCCGGCAGGAAGCAGGAAAGUCCACGGCAACGACAGAGCCGACAGAAGAGAUCUUCAACGGCGACCACGCUCACCCGCACUCUCCUGGCAGCGAUCACGAGAUGCUGAUGGACGUUGACGACUAUGGCCAUGACGACGAUGGCCAUGAUGUUAAACAAGAGUGUGAGCUGCCUUUAAAAAUCCCGAAAGCCAACAAGCCGUUUAAAUGUCCCGUCUGCUUGAGUGUGUUCGCCUCCAAAAAGACAAUGGUGCGACACGUGAAACGACACCCGGAGGAUACUUCUCUGUCUUACCAGUGUCAGUUCUGUGAGCGCUACUUUUACCAAAAGUCUGACUUCAUCAUACACACCAGGAUUCACAAAAGCUCUGAAGACCCUGACCAAAGUUUUGACCAGAGAGACAGUCCGAUUAUUCACAGUCAAAAACACACAGAGCACCAAACCCAGCAGUGUUUCACUAGAACUUCCGAGCUCAACGUUCAUCCAGAAACUCAGCACAGUUCUGCAGCACCUGACAGAAAGAUCGAAGAAGAUCUAGAGGAGGCAGGUGGUGUUAAGAUGUUUCCAAAGAAGAUCGAAGAAGAUCUAGAGGAGGCAGGUGGUGUUCAGAUGUUUCCUCUCACCAUCGCUCCUUAUGAUAAAAGUGAGUUUGAGCAGGAGUCACUGCAGCCACUGUGUGUCUAUCAGAUCCAGACUAUUGCAGAUAUAGAUAAACACUCCUCAGCAACAGUUCCAGCUCCUCACAUUAAAACUGAGCCGGCCAUAGCAGACAGCGGAGCAUCAGACACCACCUCCACCUCCACUGACCAUCAGCUGCUCCUGUGCGGAGCCACGAUUCAGGACGAAGAAGCUAAUUGCGUCCUGCAGAGUAGAGCUUCGAGAAAACCUCCAGAGCUUGUGGUUCAGUUCGAAGCGGGAGGUCAGAAACCCUACAAGUGUCCGUGCUGCAGCAAGAGUUUCUCCCUCACUAAAACCCUGAUACGACACGUCAAGAUCCACACCGAGGACAAAGCGUAUCGGUGCCAGCUCUGCGGGCGCAACUUCUGUCAGAAGUCGGACCUGGUCAACCACACAAGGAUUCAUACAGGAGAGAGACCCUACCAGUGCAAACAGUGUCACAUGACCUUCGUGCAGAAAGGAAACCUGGUGGUUCACAUGAGGAAACACACAGGGGAGAAACCCUAUCAGUGCCAAGAGUGCAGCACCUUCUUCAGUCGGAAGGCUUCUCUGGAAUGUCACAUGCUGAGCCACAGACUCUAA